AUGGCGCCCGUGGAGCACGUUGUGGCCGACGCCGGGGCCUUCCUUCGCGACGCGGCUCUGCAGGACAUCGGGAAGAACAUCUACACUAUUCGGGAUGUGGUGAACGAGAUUCGGGACAAGGCCACACGCAGGCGGCUCGCCGUCUUGCCCUACGAGCUGCGUUUCAAGGAGCCCUUCCCGGAAUACGUGCGGCUGGUGACUGAGUUUUCAAAGAAAACCGGAGACUAUCCCAGCCUUUCUGCCACAGAUAUCCAAGUGCUGGCACUCACCUAUCAGUUAGAAGCAGAAUUUGUUGGGGUAUCUCACCUAAAACAAGAACCAGAAAAGGUUAAAGUGAGCUCAUCGAGUCAGCACCCAGAAACUCCUCUACACAUUUCUGGUUUCCAUCUGCCCUCAAAGCCUAAACCCCCACGAGAAGCACUCCAACAUGGACACACAGCCGGUGAGCCUGAGAACCUGGAAUUCACUUCCUUCAUGUUCUGGAGAAACCCUUUGCCUAAUAUUGAUCGUGAACUGCAGGAGCUCCUGAUUGACAAAGGUGAUGAUGUUCCAAGUGAGGAGGACGAGGAGGAAGCGAAUGGAUUUGAAGAAAGGAAAGACGAGGACAGUGAUGACGAUGGGGGUGGAUGGAUAACUCCCAGCAACAUCAAGCAGAUCCAGCGGGAGUUGGAGCAGUGUGCUGUCCCCAAGGACGUGCGGGUCGGCUGUGUCACUACAGACUUUGCCAUGCAGAACGUCCUGCUUCAGAUGGGGCUGCACGUGCUGGCGGUGAACGGCAUGCUGGUCCGCGAGGCCCGGAGCUACAUCUUACGCUGCCAUGGCUGUUUCAAGACGACGUCUGACAUGAGCCGAGUGUUCUGUUCACAUUGUGGAAACAAGACCCUGAAGAAGGUGUCUGUGACCGUCAGCGACGAUGGAACCCUGCAUAUGCACUUUUCCCGCAACCCCAAGGUGCUGAAUCCUCGGGGCCUCCGGUAUUCACUUCCCACGCCCAAAGGGGGCAAAUACGCCGUCAACCCCCAUCUGACCGAGGACCAGCGCUUCCCUCAGCUGAGACUCUCCCGAAAGGCCAGGCAGAAAACCAACGUGUUUGCCCCUGACUACAUAGCUGGGGUAUCUCCCUUUGCAGAAAAUGACAUCUCCAGCCGGUCAGCGACCCUGCAGAUCCGAGACAGCACCUUGGGAGCCGGGAGGAGACGGUUAAAUCCCAAUGCUUCCAGAAAGAAGUUUGUGAAGAAGAGGUGAAGUGCAAGUUCCUGGGGCAAACAGGAUCGCCGCUGCAGCUGCUGAGGCGCUCGGGUGCCUCAUUUCCCUGGCUGUCCAGCUCCAGAACCAUCUGGAUGCAAACAGCGGGACUGACCUCCACAGUGUUGUUUCCUGACCCUCGGGGAUGGGUCGGGUCGGGUUUGUGGUGACACUGGGCUGUCCCUUGGCCUGUGAGCAUCUGGAGAGCUGGGAUUCCUGC